GUAAUGCGCAUCCCGCGUACGGCAGACGCAAGCCCAAGUCCAAUCGCUCGCAGCGCGAACCGGUCAGCUGCUCCCACCAGAAGAUAUUCUCUCUCCCCCUCUCUCCCACGCAACAGGAAAAGUCUCGAAACCGCCAUAGCCAUUGCUCUACUUGGAGGAAACCCCACCCUCUUUGGAAGAGGAAGAAAAGCUGCUUCGCGCGUACUUGUUGCAUAUUUUGAAGAAUUAAAUUCGUCUGUAAAGUCGAAAUAAACGAAACGCCGCUAUGUCUAUUCGAAAUCUACCGAGUCCUAAGCUUUUUUCUGUUUUUCUCGUCUUCUCGGUCUUCCUCAUCUGUUUUCCAGGAUUGGUAUUACCGGCAGUCGUUACCCUUGAAUCCAUGGAGAUAUUUAAAACCCACGAGUGGAUGCCAAACGCCAAACCAAUUGUUUAUUUCCGGUGUAAAGAGGAGAACAAGACGGUGCUGCCGGAUGUAAAGAAAGCGCAUGUCUUGUAUAGUUUCAAAGGUGAAGAGUCUUGGCAGCCUCUCACAGAACUUUCAAGUAAAAAGUGUAAGCGGUGUGGGUUUUAUGAGGAGGAUAGUUUCAAAUCAGAUGAUGUAUAUGAAGAGUGGGAAUUUUGUGCAAGUGAUUUUUCUGAUCCCGAUGGGAAAUAUAUCCGGUUCAAGGACAAGGAAUUUAAUGCUACUUUUUUGUGCCCGAAAUGUGUUCCUUUUGCAAAUGCUUCAAAUUCUGCAUCCGGCUCACAUGGUGGAGGAAAGAGAAUGCAUGUUGCUCUAAUCAUAUUGAUCAGUGCUGUGGUUUCAACAGUAUUGAUUUUUGGAGUAGUGGGUGUGUAUAAAUACUGGCAAAAGAAGAAGAGGGAACAAGAUCAGGCUCGGUUUCUGAAGCUGUUUGAAGAUGGGGAUGAUAUCGAGGAUGAGUUGGGCCUUGGUAUGUAAUACGAUGAAUGAGACAACUUGGUACCUUUGUACAGCGAGCUGAUCUUAGACAGAUUUUGUUUAUUGAAUGAAAAAUUAAAAUUUUGAAAUUUGCAUGCAA